AGACGAAGGGUCGGCGCAGUGAAAGGCAGUGUAGCCGUGGGGCUGUCCUCGCCACUGGACCCCAAACCCCUCAGCCCGGGCGGGCCCGAACACACAAUCAGAGCCGCUGGCGUCCCGGCUGAGAGGACGGGGCCCCGGCAGAAAGACCCCGGGUCCCCUCAGCCCGAGCGCGUAGCCGAGCCGGUCCCCGGGUUCUCCCUCCGGAACCAGCCUGCACACCGGCGGCGGGGCCGGGGGGCGGCAGGACCGAGACGGACCAAGGGCCGGAAGUGACGCCGCUGGCCCACUUGAGGCGUAGGGGGUGGCGCUCUUCGUUCGGCCGCGCUCCCAUGGCGCACAUUACCAUUAACCAGUACCUGCAGCAGGUGGGUCCUAGCCGGGGAGCGCGCCGGCGUGGGUGGCCCUCUGCGUGUUCCGUGUGUCCCCUCCUGCCUUGGACCCUCAGGCCUUUUCCUUUCCCACCUCGCCACCCUUUCUCUGUCCGGGUUCCCGGCGGGCAGCCGCGCGAGCCGACUGAAAGGCCGAACAGCGGCGGCCGGGACUCGGGAAGGCGGCCCGAGGUCUCCCCUGCAGGGCCGCCGUGGGGGCCGGGCGGUGUCCGUGGAUCGCGGAGUCGUCGCGGUGUAAGUAGACGCGGGGGUCCCAGGUCGCUGCCCUCACUUGCUGGCGUGUGUGGCUGCGCUCCCAGCGGGUCCGACGGGCCUGCGGGCCACGCCGAGGGCCCGGUGUGGCCGGUGCUGUGUCGGAUGCACGCUGCUUCCCAGCAGGAUGCGGGAUGAAUUCGAGGACUCCAGGAGGCUCUGGAGGGGUAAGCACGAGGCUGUGGCCGUGCUGCAGGCCGGCCUCGUGCCCCUCGUCCUCGCUGUCGUUUAACGCCCUUCACUGUCCGAGUACAAUGCACGCUUCAUAUCGCUCGGUACAUGCGUCUGACGGAUGUUGUUCAACAGCUUGUGUAUGAAGCCAUCGACACCAGAGAUGGAGCAUCUUGUGCAGAGUUGGUGUCUUUUAAACAUCCCCAUGUUGCAAACCCACGACUUCAGAUGGCCUCUCCAGAGGAGAAGUGUCAACAAGUCUUGGAACCCCCUUAUGAUGAAAUGUUUGCAGCUCAUUUAAGGUGCACUUAUGCAGUGGGGAAUCAUGACUUCAUAGAGGCAUACAAGUGCCAGACCGUGAUAGUCCAAUCAUUCUUGCGAGCAUUCCAGGCCCACAAAGAAGAAAACUGGGCUCUGCCUGUCAUGUAUGCAGUAGCGCUUGACCUUCGAGUGUUUGCCAAUAAUGCAGAUCAGCAGUUGGUAAAGAAAGGAAAAAGCAAAGUUGGGGACAUGUUGGAAAAAGCAGCAGAGUUACUGAUGAGCUGUUUCCGGGUCUGUGCCAGCGACACCCGUGCUGGUAUAGAGGACUCUAAGAAGUGGGGCAUGCUGUUUCUGGUGAACCAGCUGUUUAAAAUCUACUUCAAGAUCAACAAACUCCAUUUAUGUAAACCCCUAAUUAGAGCAAUUGACAGCUCAAACCUGAAAGACGAUUACAGCACUGCACAGAGAGUAACAUACAAAUACUACGUUGGACGCAAGGCCAUGUUUGACAGCGACUUUAAGCAAGCUGAGGAGUACCUGUCAUUUGCCUUUGAGCAUUGUCACCGUUCUAGUCAGAAGAACAAAAGGAUGAUUCUGAUCUAUUUGCUUCCAGUAAAAAUGCUAUUGGGUCACAUGCCCACUGUGGAGCUCCUGAAAAAGUAUCACCUGAUGCAGUUUGCAGAAGUGACCAGAGCUGUGAGUGAGGGCAACCUGCUGCUGCUGCACGAGGCGCUGGCGAAGCACGAGGCCUUCUUCAUUCGCUGCGGGAUCUUCCUCAUCCUGGAGAAGCUGAAGAUCAUCACCUACAGGAACCUCUUUAAGAAAGUGUAUUUGUUACUGAAAACACACCAGCUGUCUCUGGAUGCUUUUCUGGUUGCCUUGAAAUUCAUGCAGGUGGAGGACGUGGACAUUGACGAAGUUCAGUGUAUUCUGGCUAACUUGAUAUACAUGGUGUGGUCACAUCAAAGGCUACAUAUCGCAUCAGCAUCAGAAGCUAGUGGUCAGCAAGCAGAACCCAUUUCCUCCACUGUCCACGGUGUGUUGAAAGUACACGUAGCCCUGAGGACGGGUGAGCAGUUGUUUCUUUCCAUUUUGGUUGUGCUGAUGAGACCGGUCCGGUACUGUGACAAGGCUCCCUGAAGUCGGAAGUCUUGGAGGCGCUUUUCCCAGGGAUGCUGAGGCUGAGAUUUUCAGCACACCCGAGUCAAUCUCCUUCAUUUGGAACUAAUUUCAGCCUGGUGAAAACCUGGAAUUCCUUUUUCACAAAACUCGGCUGGUUCUGGUGUCUUUGUGAAACUUCUUUGAAGGAGGCUUUGCGUGAAGGCAGCUCCGGCUCACUUUUCCUAAGUGUGGUUCCUGAAGGCUGUCUUUGUAACUUUUUGUGGUUCUUUGUAUAAAAAGGGUAUUCUGAAUUUAUACACAUGGCAUGUUCUUCAGUAUAUCUUCCAGGAUACAUCUAUUUUUAUAUAUUAAAUUUGAAUAUGUUAUCAAAAUGCUUGGUUAACUUAAGGCAUCUUUUUAAAAGCAGAAUUUAAUUUGAUUUAAAUUUUCCAGAUUUUAUAGCUUGCCCGUAUGGAUGCUCCUCAAUCUAUGAUGGGGUUACGUCCCAAUAAACUUAUUUUAUUUGCCUUUG